ACAGAAGUUGGCGUGCGCCUCGUGUCAGCUGCUUGUAAGCAGUUAACGUGAUGGUGGGUUCUUGCUGUUGAAUCAGACGACUUUAAAAACCUUCAAAUCACCCAGACGUAGAAGGUCAUCACAGCGGAUCAUCCAUCUCUGUUUUCAUCUCUCUUUCGGUCCUUUACAUCAUUUUCUGCCACACCGACCGUCUUCAUGUCCUCCGUCACCUACACCUCUUCCCUUCAUGCCUGCCGGUUCCAUCCUCCACACUUUAUCUGAUGGACCCCACAUCUCUCCUCUACAUGUGCCCAAACCUUCUCAAACUCCUCUCUCUCACUUUGUCACUCUUGGACCUAAACCUAAGCUAAUAAGCAGUGAAGAAGCUGCUGCCAUUUGUUGUAACGCCAAGAUGGAUGUCACCGAGGAGAAGUUUGAGGCUAAUAUGAAUAGCAUGGAGAUAAUGACUGUGAGUAUAAAAGAAGAGGACUGUGAAUGGGAGUCUGUCAACCUCGAGCAAGAGAGUCUAGGCAUUAAGGGUGAGGAUUAUGAACUGGUGACCGUGGGCAUUAAAGAAGAGGCUGAGGAGAUGGCCGACAACUUUGACGUGAGGUCUGAAGCAUUGCAGUUGGACACAAAGAAGAAUGUGGGAAUGUCAUCAGUUAGAAAUCUGGAAAAUCGACCAUCAUCAUCCGGAGACAAACCUCACUGCUGUUCUGAAUGUGGCAAACGUUUCUCAAAACUCUCAAAUCUUCAUACCCACACCAGAAUUCACACCGGAGAGAAGCCGUACUGCUGUUCUGAGUGUGGGAAACAAUUCACACGAUUAGCCAGUCUUCAGAUCCACACAAGAAUUCACACUGGAGAGAAGGUUUAUUGCUGCUCAGAAUGUGGCAAAUGGUUUCAACACGAGUGCAGUCUUAGGAGGCACAAAAUAAUUCACACUGGAGAGAAACCGUAUAGCUGUUCUGAAUGUGGCAAGCGAUUCUUACGGAUCAACAGUCUUCAGACCCACACAAGAAUUCACACCGGAGAGAAGCCGUAUUGCUGUUCCGAAUGUGGGAAACGAUUCACACGAAUCACCGGUCUUCAGACCCACACAAGGAUUCACACCGGAGAGAAGCCAUACUGCUGUUCAGAAUGCGGCAAGCAGUUUUCUGAAAGGAGCACUUUUCAGAAGCACAAAAAAAUUCACACAGGAGAGAAACCAUACUUUUGUUCUGAAUGUGGAAAACAGUUUUCACACAAGUCCAGUCUGAGGAGGCACAAAAGAAUUCAUACAGGAGAAAAGCCUUACUGCUGUUCAGAAUGUGGCAAACGGUUUUCACACAAGUGUUAUCUUCAGACUCACGAAAGAACUCACAUGAGAGAGAAGCCAUAUUGCUGUUCUGAAUGUGGAAAACGAUAUUCAGUGAAGAAGAGUCUUUUGGCACACAUUAGCACUCAUUCCGUUGAUAAUGAGCACACCAAGUAAAUUUGAAGGAAUUAACCCAGAGAGAGGCCAUUCUGAGUGCGGAAUUGACUCUCACAAAAGAGCCAUCUUCGAGAGCCGCAGAGGAAUUCACAGUGUAGCCCCAACAACAACGAACAGAGCGUACUGUGAUCAAGAAAACGAGAGGACUCGACACGGUCUUGUGAUUAGUUGAAGAUGAUUACGAGUUUGUUUACAGCAACUUUUAUGUAACAAAUCCAUUUUCCACUUAAAGGAUACACCAGGACAGCAUGCAGAAAACGAUCAUCCAGAUCAGGAGUCUUUACAUCCAAAUUAAGUAAGAUGACUGACACAGCCUUUACAGCUCUGUUUGAAAUAAUUGAUAGAAAGAAAGCAAAUAAGUCAAAAGAAAUUGGAGAGAACAGCAAAAAAUAAUACAGAGGAGGUAAAAAGCCUAGUUUAUACCAACAUUGAUGUAUCCUAGGUCAUUUGUAACAACUGAACCAUCCGAAAGCAACCUCCGAAUUGCUGUGAGCUGAAAGAUCCUCAACCCCAACACACACAACCACCGGUUCCAGAGGGCAGUUCUGAUAUUGGCGCCUACCAUCUCUACAGUGUGGUAUGACGGCACGUCAACAUACGUUAGAAUUUACUAACAUGCUAGACUAGGGGUGCCCAAUACGUCGAUCGUGAUCCACCGGUAGAUCAGAAAGGUAG